AUGUUGUGGGGUUUCUCUCUCCAGCCGUUAGUGGAUGACACUGAGGAUGUGUCUCUUGACUUUGGGAAUGAAGAGGAACUGGCGUUAAGGAAAGCAAAAAUCAGGCAUCCCCUGGCUACCUUUUUUCACCUGUUUUUCCGAGUGAGCGCUAUUGUUACCUACUUGCUCUGUGACUGGUUCAGCAAAAGUUUUGUUGCCUGUUUUGUCAUUAUUCUUCUCCUUCUGUCCUUUGACUUUUGGUCGGUUAAGAAUGUAACUGGAAGACUCUUAGUUGGCUUACGUUGGUGGAACCAGAUUGAUGAAGAUGGAAAAAGCCACUGGGUUUUUGAAGCAAAAAAGGUAUCUACAAGCAUAGCUGCCUCAACUGAAGUUGAAGCUCGAAUCUUUUGGCUUGGACUGAUUAUCUGUCCAGUUAUUUGGACAGUGUUCUUUUUUAGCACUUUGUUUUCCUUGAAGUUGAAAUGGCUGGCUCUUGUCAUAGCUGGAAUCUCCCUUCAAGCUGCUAACUUAUAUGGAUACAUCCACUGUAAAUUAGGAGGGAAAAAAAGCAUCAGCAAAGUAACUUCAAGGUUUUUGUCACAGCAGAUGUUUCAGAGGGAGAGACAAGAAGAAAUUCAGGGUAUGGAUGUCCUGAAGGAUAUGGAAAUACAUAACCACUAGACACUGAUCACUAAAGAGGAGACAAUCCUAAAUUUAAAAGUGACUGCACUCUAAAUAUGGAACUGUACUAAUCAAAGAAAAAAAAUGUCAAAGUGAUCUUAUCCAGUGAAACUCAGCAUGGAAAUGCACACUACAAUUAAUCCUCAAAUGAAGGAGGCUUGAAAGUACCAAUAUUUAAAAAAAGAGACUCAGGUAAAUGUUCCAGUGAAAAUAUGUAUUUAAUGUAUAAGAGUUUCUGAAUAAAUUCUAUAUGUGAA